AUGUUUACCCAAGAAAAUAUUUGCAUCAAGAAUAGAAAUGAAAACCAACCUCAUGUUAUAACCUGCACUGCUGAAGUUCAACCUCCUUUAGAAGAUGCUCGUCAAACUCUUAUAAAAGGAAGAAAAAUAGUGGUUGAGGAUUUGCUCAAUUGGUAUGGACAAGGUCUACUUCGACCGGAUAUGUUAUAUUCUGCAUACAACGAGGCUCAAGUUCAUAAUAUGCUAUCUCUGUUCAAAGUAUUAUACUAUGUUAAAGACUUUUCAACAUUCUAUCAAACAGCCAGCUGGGCACGUCUUCAUGUCAACAAUCUCAUGUUUCUUGAUGCUCUUCUAACAGCCAUAAUUUACCGACGAGAUACAAAAUAUAACAGUUUUUCGAUGCCAUACAAAAUUUAUCGCAUUACUCACGACAUCAACAAAAAUUUCGCCCUGAUACACUCAAAUGACACUGAAGAGUAUUCCUUAAAGAACAAUUCUAACUCUGAAUACAAGUUGUCUUACUAUUUUGAAGAUAUUGGCUUAAACGCCUUCUAUUUGUACUUUCGUAUUUCUAACCCCUUCGGGAAAAUAUCCGAGAUUGAAUCGCGACUGACUGAAGCAACUGACUCUGGAUAUUUUGUUGACAAGGUUGGCAACAAGAUUAGUAUCUACGAUUCUGAUGGUAUAACGAAUCUUGGUGCAAUCCUCGAGGGAAACUAUGAUUCACUUAAUCUUGAGUACUCUGGAUCUUAUGAUCAACUUCCUAUAAACAUGUUUGAUCACAUCAGCGACAAGAGUGAUAAGGCUCCAUAUGCUCCAAGUUCUCUUCAAUUUUUUGUCACCAGCAUGAGGCAUCCAUUGUUUUAUCGAAUCACAGAUAUGGUUAUCAACAUCUUUUUAACAUACUCUUCAGGCCCGUGGGCCCGACCACCACACUACACGCUCAACACAUACACACACUCAACAUGGACAGAUUCACGACUAGGUAGUCGUGAAUCGUUAAUUCACUCACGACACCUCCACUUAACGUUGACAGGAGAAAAACACGGCCACAUAAGAAUUCUUCACCGAUUGUUCAGUAUUCGAACUGUCAAAAUACUAGCAGCCGACAAAUUUGAGCGCACACUACGUAUAGUAGAUGUGCCAACUACGUUUUGGAUCGCGCAUGCGGCGCAUGUGCGUGAAGUGGCGAGUUAA